AAAGAACGAAGAAAGUUACUUAAACCUAAACGAUUUCUAUAUGGCUGCGAGCUACUCACGACUUAAUCAACGACGUGGAGGUUCUUGUAUACUGUGUAGGAAAGGUUACAAAAGCACUGAACUUGAUGUGACAAAAACCUUUGCUGAAGAUAAACAUUUUGAGAUCUGCGGCAUACAACUAGAUAAACCUAAAAUAAUCGUACUUUCUAUAUACCGAACACCCAACUCAGACGUAAAAAUUUUUUUCAAACAUUUAUCAAAUAUUCUAUCGAAAUUACGAAAUAAAAAACAUAAAAUAGUAAUCUGUGGGGAUUUUAAUAUAGAUUUAGGAGCGUCCGAUAAAAAUAGUAUCCAAUUUAAAGAAUUAAUAGUUAAUCAGGGAUUACAAUAUCAUAUAAAUAAACCUACUAGACUCAACAAAUGUAUAGACAAUAUUAUUAGUAACAUUGACGGUGCCAUAGGCGAAACUUUCAAUUUCUAUCUCUCUGACCAUAAUACCGCUCAAACUAUAACGGUAGAACACCAGGAUUUAAAUAACAAUAGAUUCUACAAUAUGACUUUAAAAGACUUAAGUAAGGAAAACAUUAAUAAAUUUGUUAAUUAUAUUGGUAGUAUAAGUUUCAAUGAAAUUUGUGAACUAAAUAAUGUCAAUGACGCCUUUAAUGAAUUUCACGAUUUGUUGACACUAUUUCACAAACUUUGUUUUCCUACAAUAAAGGUAAAAAUAAAACAGAAUAAUAAAAAACCUAAAUGGAUAACCAAAGGUGUAAAAAUAAGUAGUAAGACUAAACGGUUAUUAAGGUAUAAAUAUUAUUUAAAUAAAAAUAGUGAAAAUAAGCAACAAUUUAAAACUUAUUCCAGACUCCUAAAAAAAUGUAUCAAUAACCUACAGUCCCUAUGUAACCGUAGAGUUAUAGCCCUUUCACGAAAUAAGGUAAAAGCCACGUGGGAUAUUGUGAAAAAAAGUAUGGGUAAUGUUCUGCCUAGAGAAUUUAUCGGUAGUAUUAUUGACAACUCUAUAACCCUUACUUCUGGGUCUGACAUAUCUAAUAAAUUUAAUAACUAUUUCAUUGACAUUGCCAAUAAUAAUUCAUUCAAUUCAAUUAAUAAUAAUAACACUGACUUGCUUAGUAUACAAUCACAGGACAAUAGUAUUUUCUUGGAACCUACAAGUGCAACGGAAAUAUAUUGGGUAAUUCAUUCGCUAAAAAAUACCAAAUCAGCUGGUUAUGACGGCAUCACAACAGAUCUUAUUAAAUAUAUUGCUCGUUAUAUUGCUCCGCCUUUAGAGCACAUUAUUAAUCUGUCUUUUGAACAGGGUUGUUUCCCUGAUAGAUUGAAAUUAUCAUUGAUUAAACCACUACACAAAAAAGGCACAAAAUCAGACGUAAACAAUUAUAGGCCGAUAGCGUUAACUCCAAUAUUAUCAAAAAUAUUUGAAAAGAUAAUGUACAAAAGAUUGCUUAAAUACUUAGAUAAAUUUGAAAUUUUAGUUCCGCAACAAUAUGGAUUUAGACAGAAUAAAUCGACUACCAUGGCAAUAUUUACCUUAGUAAAAAACAUCUUAGAAAAUAUGAAUACAAAAAAACCAUCCUGUGCCUUAUUCUUAGAUUUAAGUAAAGCAUUUGACCUCGUUGAUCAUAAUAGACUUAUAGAGAAACUUGAAAAGUAUGGUGUCAGAGGCCCAGCGAAAAAAUGGUUUCAGUCGUAUUUAAGUAACAGACAGCAGAUAACAAGGUUAGCUAAACUUAAUAAAGUAACAAAUACUAUUGAAGAUUUUGAUUCUGUUCCACGUACUAAUAGCUGUGGCGUGCCUCAGGGUAGUAUCCUGGGGCCGCUAUUAUUUCUUGUGUACAUUAACGACCUACCACAGUCAAUAAGUCAUCAGUGUGUCCUAUUUGCAGACGAUACUACUAUCAUCAUAAAGAGUAAUCAACCCCAAAAUUUGAGUUCUCAGGUCAACAAAGCAUUAGGUGAAAUUAUUAAAUGGCUAGAUACUAAUAAGUUAAAAAUAAAUAUUUCCAAAACUAAUGUAAUUUAUUUUAAAACAUGGAAAAGUAAGCCCAUACAACUUAAUGUAUCUUAUAAUACUAGUGUUAUAGAACAAAUACAUUGCUCUAAAUUCCUGGGUAUAACGGUAGACGAACAUAUUACUUGGAAAACUCAUAUCGAAAAUGUAUGUGUAAAAAUUAAUAGAUUUGUCUUCGCUUUAAGAAAAAUUACAUGUAUAACAUCCAUGCAAACUGCCCUAAUGGUAUACCAUGCAUACGUUUGCUCGGUUAUCCGCUACGGUAUCAUUGUGUGGGGAAACUCUUCAGAUAUAUCACGAGUGUUCAUUGCUCAGAAGAAGUGUGUUCGUGCAAUGUUUAAUAUUGACUGGUGUGAUACAUGUAAACCCGCAUUCCAAUCAAAUAACCUCUUAACGGUUCCCUGUAUUUAUAUCUACGAGAUUUCUAAAUUUGUGAAAAAUAAUCCUCAAUUUUUUGUGUCCAACAAUAAUAUAAAUAAAAGAAAAGCUACUCAUUUAGAAUUUCAGUUACCUAUUCCUAGAUUAGAGUUAUUUAGACGAAGCUGUAUUUAUAUGGGUCCCUUAAUAUAUAACUCUUUACCAAAAACUAUAACCGGUCUACCUCCAAAUAAAUUUUGUGUAAUGUUAAGAGAAUGGUUAUGUCAGCAAUGUAAAUUCUACAAUUGUGAACGAUCUGUGAGGUAUAGACUGUAAAUUAAAAUAAGUUGAAUUGUUAUAAAUGUUCUAUUUCUGUGAUAAUACUAUAUAUUUGAACUGUAUAAAAAUUUGCAUGUCGCCAAGCGGCAAGAUGUAUAUGGCACCUUGACAAUGUUUUACCACCAUUAUGUACCUACAUUUUAUGCAAAUAAAGAAUUAUUAUUA